AGUCAUGAGUCAUAACUCAUGAGAUGAGACGGAACUUGGGCGCUGGAGCGUUCGAUCAUCGAUGUGCAUGAAGACUGAAGAGGGAGCACCGACCAGACAUGAACCAGAGCGAGUCCUCUUCCUCUGCCGACCCAAUCAACCCUUGUCCCAUCUGCCUCGGACUUGUAAAGCAGGAGGCCUACUUGGAUCGCUGUUUCCACAGAUUUUGCUACAACUGCAUUUCUCAAUGGGCCACUUUUGUUGCUACUCAGCAUUCUCACUCACAAUCUACUUUGAAAUGUCCUAUCUGCAAGAGUGAUAACUCUUCUAUAAUAUAUGGAUGUGAUGGAGACUCUUUUCAACGCCAUUAUAUUAACCAUGACCUUGGGAAUAGAUUUUCCUUGUCAGAAGCUCACAAAUAUAGAUUGAGAUGCUACUACAGUGAAUCAGGUGCCAUAUGUAAAAAAUUUGAUGUUUUACAAUAUUGGAAGCGUCAAAGAUAUCUUCAGCCAAAUAAGUGGCUUCAAAGUUGGUUGAGAAGAGAAUUUCAAGUUUUGACUCAGGAGGAGGACGUGGAUAUUAUUGUGCAUCACAUACAUGGUUUGGUUGAAUCUUUUAUGAGACGAAAAGAAAAAGAAAGAUCUAAAAGUACACCUGAACAAAACCAACAAGAGUUUAAAACUGCGGUUUCUGAUGCUGCCAGGCCUUUUUUUACAGAAAGAACAGAACGGUUUGUAAAUGAGAUUGAACUUUUUCUUGCCUCGGGAUUAAAUAUUGAAGCAUACGACAAAGUUUACUUGGAAUGUUUGGGUUUGAAUGCUCCUGAUGCAACUAGUAAAGGUGCAGAAGUACAUGAACAAACACAACAGGUUCUCUAUUUUCAUCUUUUUGACGAGGAUUCAGAUAAUGGUGACUGAAAAAUGAAUACAUCAAAAUUUAGAAGCACAGUAGCAAUUUGUCACUUGCAUGAACUAAUGAGCAACAGAGAUUUUGUUUCCUGUUGAAGGUCCUUAUUUGCUCUAAUGCAGAAUCUUUGUUUUCAUUUGCACUGUAUUGAGGUGUUUGGCUGUGGAGGAGAAGUUUAGAAGGGAUGGAAUAGUAGGACCACUUUGUGGGUACCCAUUUGAUUCGAGUA